AUGAGUUUAUUCAUAAAUUUUCGGUCCCUGCGGAUAAGUCAAAUCUUCUUAAUAUUCGUUAGUUUUCUUCCAAUUAAUCUUAAUUUAGUUCAUGUAGUUCGUGUUAAUGCUUUUCGGCUCGUUCUGGACAAAUUCAUUGAAUCAUUUCCAGACCAAACUGUUCAAUUUGUUAAUCUUGGAGCUGGAUUUGAUACCAUAUCAUUCUAUGCUCUGAAAAAAUAUCCUAACGUUAUUUGUUUUGAUACUGAUUUCGAUGAUCAAAUGAAAACUAAAUCUAAGAUCGUAUAUGAAAAUGACUGUUUCAAACAACUUUUACCAGAUCUCAAAUUGGAAAAUGGAUUCAUAACUUCAAAUAGAUAUAAAAUUGUAUCAACCAGCUAA